AUGAGAGUCGUCUCGGCAGCCGUGUUCUGUUUCCUCGGCUUUGUGUGUCUGUCUGAAUGCGCGCCUCCGACUUGUUACUCCAGGUCGCUGAGUCUGAGCAAAGAAAUUAUGACGCUGCUGGAUAAGAUCCACACUUAUCAUCGCACGAAAGGGUGUGCUGCGGCGCUACCAACCAUCUUCCUGGAUGUUCAUAAUGCCUGCAUCACAACCAAACUCCGUGACUUCCUCUACGUGCUUGUGAACCAUCCCAGCCAGUACUGCAGAGAGCGACCCAGGAUGGUUCUGCUGAAAACAAAAAUCCAGAAUUUGUACACCAUUGUCACAAGAAUUUGCUAUCGGGACUUGGUGUUUUUCACAGACGACUGCGAGGCCAUUGACACUGGACACAGUAGGCCUCACUUUGCGGAGGACAGACUUCAGCUUUUGCAGGAGGAGAGAUAAGCAAUAUGAGGAAGUAGCCGCCCGAAAGCAGCAAUAAGCAUCCCAAAGUAAAUAGCAUUAUGUACAUAAACGCCACACCUUGCGGUGUAUUCAGUCGAAAGCAGCGCGGCACACUGUGCUGACUCGUGCGUGCUCGUGUUUAGUGGAUAUGCAUCGUUGCAUUCCUGCAAAAAAAAAAAAAAAAAACGGCAGAACUUUCCACAGGAAAUUUGCUGAAUGCCAACCGUGCCGAGACAAACCUUAAAAUAAUAAACCGGUAAGAGAUGCUUGUGAGUGCGCCUUUGCCUGUGUUGACUUAGCGCUGCUGAUCAAAGUGUUGUGUGUCAUUAAGCAAAAAUUGGCUGUGUUGCCAUAACCCUUGCUCUGACUAAACACAACUUGAAGGAGCACUAUGUACAACAUUUUGGAGAUAUUUGUAAAGUUGAAUCCACUCCUUGAAAAUGCUAUGUAAGAAAAUCUAUGAUCCCAUUUUCGCUCUCAUACAACACAAAACUGCCACAAGCCAAGACUUAAUUGUGCUUAUUCGAAUAUCCCCUAAUAAGUCAUAUUACAUUACAUUAUAGUGCAGCUCGUCUAUUUUUCUUUUGCCCUUGUUUUGAUUAUACACCUUUCUCCAAAAAUAACUGAAUAUUUUUUUUUUAGUAUGACCAUGAUAGCGUGGUUGAUUACUUACCUACUCAAUAUUAGUUUGGGUUUGAAAAGCUACAAUACCGCUAGUUGCCACAAGGUAGCGUUGCUUGUCAGCAUUUGUCAACUCAGUUUGAAUGCAGGUUGCAAAUCACGUAACUGCAAUUUAGUUUCACAUCUUCAUGAACCAUUUUAAACAAUAGUAAAAACACAUUUGAUUUGUUUAGACUUUUAUUAAAAACGUUUUUCAUUAACAUUUUAUUUUAUUAUCUUUAUUGGACUAAUCUGCCACAAUAAAUAUAGCCUCAAUUUGGUUCCUAUUAUGUUUAAAAAAGAAAAAAUACCUCAUUUUUUAGAAUAUAUUUUUUGCUUAUUUCUGUUCAUAUUUGAUAUACUGUAUAACCUUGAGUUGAAGUCAAGUUACUGUUAAAACAAGCAUGAUGGUUGCUCAUAAUGCAGAAUCGGUUUCAAAUGUGCCUCUUUACCACAUGAAGCUGGGAAACUCCUCCAAUAAAGGAACCCUGCCAACACCAAAAUGUUAGUGAGCAGCAUGAGGCUUGUUUGAAAAUAAAUGCAACGAUAAAACAUAAUUGCUGUGCUUAUUGAUCAUCAUCAUUACAGGGCUGCAGAAUUCACAUUGUUUUGUAUCAUUAACGCAAAACGAGGAUAAAACAUUCAGUCAGCGGGUGUCCAGAUAAUUUCCCAAUUUAAUGUUCUGUGACCCUGCACCAAAAAUGUUAAACGCUGGCUCAUAAAAUAUAAAAACUUUGCCUUAGGGGGGGGGUUACAGUAAUCAUUCUCUGCUUUGUAGAAAUAAAUGAGCUUGUAAAGUACAGAUCAAAAAGCUAUUUACAUUAAAGCAUCACUGAUGCACUUUGUGAUUCACUUCUGCUUUAUAGGGCUUUCGGGCAAUUUUCCAUCACAUUAAGCCCUUUUUAUUACAUCUUAAAAAGACGUGUUGCCUCAUUAGUCGACAUAAGAAAAUGUUUCCCCUUAAAAUAGAUGUUUGGAAAACACGGCACUCUAGUUUUAAUUCUGUUGCACAGUCAAUGUGGCCACACAUGCCAGGGCUAUACUUUUACCCAGAGUGGACUGAAGUUGUGCCUCCUGUCGACCAUAAAGAUGCUUAAAAAAUGCCACACUAAUAAACAACAUAAAGCUCCA